ACCUCUUCUAUCCAGUUGACCACAGAAGGUGUUGAAUUUGGAUAGUCCUUACAGCCAUAUACUUUUGAAAAGAAGAAUUGAGGUUACGAGACAUUUCCAAAUUGAAAGUUGCAGAAAAUCAACAAAUUCUUUUUAAUGAGUGGUGUAAUCCUAACUGGAUUGGGUCUGGCAGCAUUGGGUUUCGGGGCAAGAUAUGCCCUGAGGCAAAUGCCCAAUGCCGCUAAAACGUUCAACGAAGCAAUGAAAAACCUACCGAAAUUCGAAGAAUCUUCUGCCAGUUCCAAAUAUUACAAAGGUGGUUUCGAUCAGAAAAUGAACAGGCGCGAAGCAGCUUUAAUUUUAGGAGUAGGUCCAUCCGCAAAUAAGGCAAAGGUCAAGGAAGCUUUCAAGAAAGCCAUGUCCGUAAAUCAUCCAGAUAGAGGGGGUUCACCUUAUUUGGCAUCCAAAAUUAACGAGGCAAAAGAUUACUUAGAAAAACAUGCAAGGUAGCUUCAAAAACAGCUAACAUUAGAAAUGUAAUAUAAAUUAUAUUGAAAAUAUCUUGUACAUAUGCUGGAUGUAAUUGUUGACUAGAUUAUAUACAUAUAUAGUUGCAUGAAAACCCUUUUCUGGUCUUA